GAAUCAAUGGGACCAAGAUCUUGCAAGUUUAGUGAUCAAUAACAAUCAAUUUAUUAAGGAAAUCAACUGGACCAAUAAUGAAAGGCAGACCAAGAGGAUCGCUUCUAAGACUCUUGAUUCUCAUUCUGACGACGGUGGAUCAGCUGAUGAUAGUCUUGACGAUUCAUCAUGGUCAUCGAGUCUCAAGGAGGAUCCAUCUGCCACGUGCGAUGGAGGCUACCAAGAAGUUUCUCUGCAGAGAGCCCCAAUCAAGAGCUUAUAAUCUGAGGGAUCUGGUGCAUAGUAUGCAACCAAGCGAGAGCGUGAAUCAGCCGGUGUACAUUGUGGUGAAGAAGUGCGACAGCCACUCAGGCUGCUGCGUUAGCCCCGAUCUCAGCUGCGCGCCGAUACCAUCGUCGAUCUAUCAUGAGAACAUGGAGGUCGAGGUUUGGAGCCUGUUGACGAAUAGCACGAGGAGGGUAUGGAUCAGGAUCGAGCAGCAUGGCAGGUGCAGUUGCGAGAUCAGUAGUGCUAGUGAGAGACUUAGAGAGGAUACUCGGCCACCUAGUAUACAGAUUCUUUGAUCAUUGAAGUUCGUUGGAACCUAGAGUCAGUGCUGAAGUAAAGAACUGCAGUAGAUCGAUCAGCAGUUGACUGAUUAUCCUGUAUUUCGAUUGACAAAGGAGCUGGAAGAAUAAUGUGGAGUGUCAAUUAAAGUUACUCAAAAUUACCCGGGAUUCAUUUUUUAAGAUUUUUAUUUGUAUACACUUUAAUUUCUUAAGAUUUCCUUAAAAUUGCGUGAUAGAACGGAGAUUAAAAAUGCGACAACACUAGUUUGCUCAUCAAGAAUUUUUAAUAUACAGUGCAAUAUUACAAAAAAAACUGAUAUAAAGUGUUGAUAAAUUGUAGUUGAGAGACUGAGAACAGCUUUUAUAAUUAAUAUUCGACUUAUCUAUUCCGUUGAUGGCAGAAAAUAAGAAGCGAUAAAGUGAAAUUAGUUAGUAGACACUAUACGGACUUUAAUACUCCAAAUUAGCUUAAUUAACAAAUCUAAUUAAGAAAUUAAGAACUAAUAGAAAAUACAAAGAAAGUCACUCAAUAAAUGAUUGUGAUUGUGAAGGAUUAUCAUGAAGAAUACUUUGAAUCAUUAUUUGGAUGAGCGAGAAAAAGGAAACGAAUUAAAUAGAUAAAUUAAAAAAUUUAAAGAUCCAAUUUCGGUGACCAAUUUUCCGAAAAAAAAACUUCGGUCCUUCAGUCGACGAAGAUUUAUGUUUUAUAUAUAAAUAUCUUAU